AAAGUAAAUUGUCAAACAAUUUCCGAAAAAGAAAAAUAGGGUCCGGAAAUAUUAAUUGUGGGAAAAUAGCGUUUUCGAGAUAAUUUACCCAUUAUUUGUGUAAGGAUAUCCCGUCCACUUCAAUUCUAUUUAUUUAUAUAGGUUUUGUUUCGAAGAAAAACGGAUAUCUUCUUGUAUUUUCCGCCACAAUGCUGGUCCUAGUCCUUGGAGACCUGCACAUCCCGCACCGCUGCAGCAGCCUGCCACCCAAGUUUAAGAAGCUGCUGCUCCCCGGCCGCAUCCAGCACAUACUGUGCACCGGAAACCUCUGCACUAAGGAGUCCUAUGACUAUCUGAAGACUCUAGCCAGUGAUGUCCACGUUGUUCGAGGGGAUUUCGAUGAGAACUCUACAUACCCCGAACAGAAAGUGAUCACAGUGGGUCAGUUCCGUAUUGGCCUGGUUCACGGUCACCAGGUCGUACCUUGGGGGGACGAAGAGUCCCUCGCUCUAGUCCAGAGACAGCUUGAUGUAGAUAUCUUGAUAUCUGGGCAUACACACCGAUUUGAAGCCUAUGAGCAUGAGAAUAAGUUCUAUAUAAAUCCUGGUUCUGCUACUGGGGCGUACAGUCCUUUGUUCAGAAAUCCAACCCCAUCAUUCGUGUUAAUGGACAUCCAGAGCUCGACCGUGGUAACAUAUGUGUACAAACUGCUCGGCGACGAAGUCAAAGUGGAGAGAAUUGAGUACAAAAAAGCAUAAUUUUUAUACUUUUAUCAUUGUGUGUAAUCUUAAAUAGGUGUGGAAUGAUUGGGAUGUAAAUAUAUGUAUCUCUGCCUUCGCGGCAUGGCGCAUGGUAUGUAUGUUAAUGCGACAAAAUAACGUCCACCAGUAGACGCAGCGUAUGUUGUCUACUGUUACAUAGAAAAGAAUCGAUCAGCCUAAUCUCGACUGAUACAUCACUAUGCUAAUGGAUUUUAUUUAUUAUUUUUUUAUUUUUUAUUUAUUUAUUUCAAAAAUGUCACAACACUAGCUUACGUACUUCGACAGAUCCACUAAAUCUAUUUCUUUAGCUAGAAGCUAUUUUAAAUGUUAUCUUUAUUAAAAAAUGAUCACUAAUUGUACUGACUCAACUGUUCGUCGUACUGAUUAAUACUACAUACAAGGGCUUCGACCAAUGAGCGCAGCGUAUACUGCCUACGUAGAUAAACACCGUACGGCUAUUGGUCGAAUCUAGCGUUAUUUGUCGCGUCGACGUAGAUAGCAUGGAGCUUACCGAUAGGGUUGAGAGGUGGUGUUGAAAUUAAUUUCGAACGUCGAAGCUAAUUUUGCCAUACAGCGUUUCUAAAGCAUUUUGUAUAGACUAGUAUGGUGAAUGUAUGGUGAAUUCACGCAAUAUUUUGUGUUUAAAACAGAAAGCUUGUUGAAUAUUCAACUGCAUAUUUACUUAAUAAUAUAAGAAUUGACAAAUUACAUACUUAAAAUCGUAGUUCAUUUUCGUAGGCAGUUUAGGUGUCUCACACUGGAUAAGUGACAUUACAAAGAGUCGUGGUAACCCAGUUGGAGUUGGGAGUGAAGUCACAGGUUCGUUCCUAGCACGGCGCUUAACUUUCGGAUCAUAAAUGAUUACACGUGAUCAACGGUGAAAGAAAACAUAAUGAGGAAACCCACAUACCCAAUAAUUGCGAUUCGGAGGUAUGUGACCUUAUCUGUACAGGGGGGUUAAAAUGGCCACAUCGAAGCAAUUCAUCUAAGAAAGCAAUAUUGCAUAGUGACAUUUGCGCAUAUAAAAGUAAGUGCGCAAUGCAAACAGAUGUCAAAUAGCAAUAUUGCUUUCUUAGAUGAAUUGCUUCGAUGUGGCCAUUUUAACCCCCCUGGGCUGUUCCUUCGAGUUGGAAGGUCAGACAGACAGACUCUUCUGUAAAAAACCGGACCUGUCAAGUUUAUAGGUUUGGUAAGCGGACCCUGUGAGAAACGGGAUAACGUCUAAGCAAAAAGAUUAUGACUUAAAAACUUUUGAAGUAAGCAGUUUGUGAGUUCUUAUAUUGAUUAGUCCCAAAUUAAAAUCAAUAAGUACCUAAUAACAAAAAGGGAUUUCUGGAAGAGACUAACAACAAUUAUUAUAUAAUUUCAUUCAGUAAGUGUCAUUCCAUGUUAUAUAACUAUUUUAAGUUAAUAAAAGUGCAUCAAAAACUAGAUUUUGUAUAAAAUGGAUUUUAUAAGUCUUGUGUAAAUAAAUAAAAUCUCAUAUAAAAACUAUAUUUACGUUAUUGUAUGUAUGUUUUGGCUGAAAAGCUAAAUGGAAUAAAAUAUCAUUUUUGUUAAA